ACUGCUUCUGUGGGGUUUCCAUAUCGCUUGCCAUCCGUGAGUACUGGCUCUUUAUCGGGACCGCCUUCAAGUCUGUCUUCUACUAACAGGUCACACAAUAAACUUCGUGGGAAUUCAUUGUCUUCGAGAACAAAAUCAGUGCAAGGGUUAGGAGAUGGGAGAAUCAUGGGAUGUAAACAAUUUCAAACAAGGUCUUGUUGCGGACAAGGGACAAAACUAUAAACCCACCUUCGGCGCCAUGAGGCAGUUAUCCACAAACGAAAGAGGUGUUAUUGCCGAUGUGAAAGUUGUCGAUGCUGAAAAACGCCGCAGCAAAGAACAUUCCGGCAGCAAAAGUUACGAAUAUGUUUUGAAAGUAAGAUGGCUGGACGAGAACCAAUAUUGCAUAUUUCGUCGUUACAGCAUGUUCUUCGAUUUACAGGCUGGUCUGCGACAACUUUUCCAAGAAAAACAACAUAUCACAAUUCCAGAAUUGCCUGUUGCUCGUUUUGCUGGUGGAAUGUUGUUUGGAGCAUUAGCAAAGAAACAGUGUAAACACAUUGAAGAAUUCUGCCAGAGAGUGAUUCAGCUACCACCUGUUGUGUCUCAGUCUGACAUAGUCCAGCAGUUUUUCAGCCAGUGGGGGACAGAUGCAUUUGUUAGGAUUGAAUCAAAUGAAAAAAGUACCAAGCUGCCAAAUUCUCCUUUUGGAAGAGGUGAUGAUGAGCUUGUUGAAAGAUACCAAUCAGUGGCAGAAUUUACUGGUGGAGGAAGGGGAGAGAUGAGCUUGAGAGAAAAUGAAGUGGUAACAGUCAUUGAAAAGAACAGUACAGGUUGGUGGCUUGUUGCAAAUUCAAGAGGGGAGCAUGGUUUUGCUCCAGCAACCUUUCUUGAACCAGUGGACUCCAGGCAACGAACAGAAGAGGAGGAAUGGAGAGAUGUUGAGGAGGAUGAGCGCUUUUGGGUUGCAAUUGAGUCAUACUCAGCUAAGAGUGAUGAUGAACUAACUUACAGAGCUGGUGAGGAAGUUGAAGUUCUGGCCACCAGCAACUUUGGGUGGUGGAAGAUAAAAAUUAAAGGAAAGGUUGGUCUUACACCUGGAUCUAAUCUGGCUCCAAAGCCAAGUGCAGAUCCUCUCUUGCCUGAUAACCAACAAAAGAAAAGGGGCUCCUCAUAUUCAAGCAUCAGUGGUAUAUAUGCAAGUAUAAGGUCACCUCCGCCUAGAAGAUGCCUUAGAGUAUGCUACAGUGGAGAUAUUGUCAAGUUCCCCAUUAGCCAACAGAAGUCGUCAGUUUAGUUUGGAAGACUCCAGUGAAACUGUUCCUCAAUAUGCUUCCGUUAUUCCAAAGCAUCUAAGACUAAACAGAUCGCACAGUAUGAACGAAGACGGGUCAGAAAUAAGAAGACCGCAGAAGCGGAAUGGCUGCCCAGACCUCCCGCCAACUCCCCCACUGGUUUCUCUUCAUAACUCCCACUCUCGUAGUGUAGACCACGAUGACAUGAGUUAUGCGAGAGUGCACGAGUUCAGACAACCACUACUUACCAGUACUCCUAGGGUGCGUCUGUUGCAACCCCCGGACGAGGGACUCGUCAGAUUUGGCUCCCACAAGUACGAGAAUGUUCUCAGAGCUGAUGUUCAUGCUGGAAUACCCGGUAAGCAUUAUGUGGCCAUCACAAACUACUCGCCUCCAUCGGAUCGCACUGAAGAUCUUCACCUAACAGCAAAUGAAGAAGUACGCCUUCUUUGUGAGGAUGGUGCUUGGUCAUUUGUUUGUACUGUAGAUGCGACCAAAAGAAGUGGAUGGGUACCGUCUUCAUUGUUGAAGAGCAUGGGAGGAUCCCAGUGCAACAUGACGAGGAGGUCCUUGUCUGUUGGGGAUAUUUACAACGCUUAUGAAGAAGAAGAAGCUGCAGCUCGUGGAGCACCACUGUCUCAGAUGGCGCAAAAGCGUCCUGUACCAACACCUAGGGGCGAUCUUGAGCAGAAAAAGAAUUCAGUGGAUAUAACUGGUGCCCCAAGCGAAGAAGCGCCUCCACUGCCUGGUGCCCCACCAGAUUACAUCCGGAAGUCUGAUUACCAAGUCCUUCUGAGAAAAGACUGCUUUCUUCCAGGAAAGGUGAAUGAGCACUACUUCGCGCGGGAGGACUUUACAACAAAAAAUUCAAAUUGCAUCUCUGUGCGUAAAGGAGAAGUAGGCCAGUUAUUAGCUGUACAGUCCUUGGGUUGGUGGAAAAUGAAUGUAGAGGGUGUGGUCGGAUGGACUCCAGGUGAUUUCUGGGAGCUGCUACAGGAUGAGGAAGAAACCUUAAACGAAAUGUCUUCAAAGAGCAAGCAGCGAGAAAGGCACAGUUCUUUCGGAGAUGAGUUGUGGUAUUACGGGAAGAUGUCACGACAGAAGUGCGAGGAGCUUAUGAUAAGGAAUGCCAAAGAACUAGACUACUUGAUUCGGGAGAGCACUCAGAAGUUUGCUUCAUUCGUACUAUCGGUCAAGUAUGGCGGAAAGAUUCGGCACUUCCCUAUUGAGCUGACACCAAGUGGCCGCUACGUUAUUGGCAAGCAUGCGUUCGACGGUUUGACAGAGAUCGUAACAUUUUACAAGACCCACGCGUUAUUUUACACUCAGAACAAAGAGGCGAUCACCCUCGGUGAAUCAUUCCGAGGAAUGUAGAACUUAUGUUAGUAGUAUACAGUCCUCGCUAGCCAUGGUACGACCCUACAUGCUGGUGUCGUGAAAUUACGUGACACCCAAUAUAUUAUUGUGAAUUGAUCUUUAAAAUUGAAGUUUCACAUCAAGAGAAAAUGGGCGUAGAAAGAGAGGGACGAUCAGGGUGUUGGCUAUGUUAAUUCCACUUCAAUUACUUUUUGUUUCCUCUGACGAUCGCAAUGUGAAGUUUUAGUCCAAGAAAUACCAUUUUUCGUCUGUCUAUACCCUUAGAUGAUGGAUAUGAAAUUAAAAUAUCCCAAAGGUCCUUCAGGCCCAACCCAUUAAGUCUCCCUCCGUCUGUCCCCUCUUUUAACGAUUUUUUUUUUAUCAACUGACUUUCGCUGAGUUUGCAUGUAGCAUGCAGCACAUUUUUCCCACAGGAAAACCACUCACUCGAAUUGAAAAAAAAAGAUAUGACCUGGAGCUAAUAAAAAGGUACUUUGGUAUAAAACAAGAAGAAAUAAUGCAUCUAAAAAGAGAUUUCCUCAUGUUAAUAUCACAAAAAUUAUAUAUAUUCAAUGGUAAAAGGCCGAGACAAUUCAUAUGUAACAAUUUGCGCUGUUGUUAGAGAUAUAAAAUAUUUUAAUGAAAGUAAUAUGAAGGAAGUUAUUUAGAGAUAUUUUAUUCCUGUACUUCUAAGCAGCGCAUGAAUACAUGGAGCCAAGGGGGGUUUCUUUAAGAACUUUUAUGUUGUUACAGGUAUGUUUUAAUGCUUUCAAAAAACGUCUGUCUAAAACUGAUGAAUAAAUGAAUGUAACCCAAGUAACACCAGCGUUUGAAUAAAAAUAGUAAAAAUGCCAAACUAA